AUGGAACGCCGACUCACCUCUAGAAAUGUGAGCCUGGACUGGGUUGAGCGAGGUGAUCAAGCCGGGGAUAUUGUCUCAGUACAUCUCAUUCAAAACACAUAUGCCCGGCUGAAAGCCCAGUAUGCAGAAAAGUUGCGCCAGAAUUGGGUUGAACAACUUGAGUCACCCAACCAAGCCCUUGAGCAGCUGUCUCUCGCUGCGUGCCUAAUUGAACUGUGGAGGAGCAUGUACGGCGCUAUACCAACAACAGAACAAGAGCAGCUAUUGGAAAACACAGCGCCGUUCCCAGGAUUCGUGGACCUGGCUUGUGGGAAUGGUAUCCUUGUAUACGUGCUUCUCAUGGAAGGAUACAAUGGCUUAGGCUUUGACGCUUGCCGUCGGAAGUCCUGGGAAACAUUCCCAUCAGAGAUACAGGAAUGUCUGGAAGAGAGAAUCUUCAUUCCUCGGCCUUUUGGGGAUGUACUGGACUUGGAACAAAUUGGAGCGGCGAUACACACCGGCGAUUUCCCGGAUAAUACAUUCAUCAUCUCCGACCACGCAGAUGAGCUCACAGUAUGGACCCCUUUAAUGGCCGCCCUAUCAAAUCCCUCAUCGCCAUUGCCAUUUUUUGUGGUUCCAUGCUGUUCUCGUUCACUUGCUGGUUCGUCGUAUCGAUAUCCCCCGCCAAAGGAGGGUGGUCCAAUACAAAAGAGUGCGAAUGGAAACCCUGUCGCAAGGAAAGUCGAUGAUAAGAUCGAACAGAAUCUACAGCCUGCAUCUGGUGAUUUGAGGGCACUUCGGGCAAUCAAGAUCGAAGAAAAGGCCGAGAGCGGGUUUCUGAAUUCGAUGAUUGGAUCUCUCGCUGCAAAAACAAUGAGUCUUGCCGAGGAAAUUGGUUUCGAUGUUGAGAAGACAUGGCUACGCACUCCGGGAGCGAUUAACAUGGCGCUGAUUGGAGGUCGACAGCAGGUCACAAGCGAGUGGCUAAAGAACCCGGGGUCUAUAGAUUCUCUAACGAAAAGAAACCAAGAAGAUGCUGUUCUGAAGAAGAUUAUGGAAGUGGUUGAGCGUGAGUGCUCCCGAGAUGGUGGCAUUCGGGUAGCUGCUAAGCUCUGGGUUGAACGGACGAAGAGUCUUCACCGGGGACAGGGGACAGUGCACCAAGCUUAA